CUUUUUAUGUACUGACUUUUUAAUCCAGCAGCCAGGCCCAAUGCACAUACAUAUUUGUUCUGUUUAGGGAUACUUUGGAAUUUUCUAUGUAUAUGAUCAUUCUGAAUUUUACUUUUGUCACUGUCAUAGAUAUCUUUAUUCUUUAUUUCUCCCACAGUAGAGUUUCACUUUUUUGGUGCUGAAUUAAGAUGUGGUUCAUUUCUUUGAUUGUUGGGCAAAAAUUAAUUGGUUCACUGAAAUAACUGGGCAUAUCAAUACCAUAAGUGAUUGAAUCAGGAAUAUUGCAGUAUAAUUGACAAAAGGUAAGAGUUUAUUUACUUCAAUCUGAAACUUCCUGGUUACAGAAAACCCCAGCAUAUCUCUCUUCUGGUGUGGGUGUCCUGAUUCCCAUGUUCUCUCUUCUAAAGUUCUUCUUGUAAGCUUUGUCUUAAAGUCACAGGUGUAUCUGUCAACUCUUAGAAAGAUUCAUAUUUCUCUUUGCUCAUUCUAUUCCUCUCUUUCCUUAAAAGGCAAUACCAGCUAUUUCCUUUACUGUGUUAAUAAGUAGAAGUCUAAUUUUUCUAAUCAUUUUCCAUUGACGUAAUUAAUUAUAGCCACUAAAAGCCUUUCCCUAUUUAGGUCAAAGGACUUGAUUAAUUGUAGUAUCUUCAUACAAUGAUUACAUUCUGAUAGCUUAAUGGCUUUGUACAUAAACUAUGCAGAGUCAAGUUGGUAAAUUAUUUUGUAAUGUGUUAUCAGAAAAAGUCAGAUAACAUUAUUUUUACACUAGACUUUGGCUCAGUUAUGGUUUAAAAAUUACUCCCGUGAAGAGUUGCAAGUGGUAUAUAUAUGCUCCCUGGUUGGAAUGCCACCUUAGUAAUUCUAAGAUUAUUUUGUCACUCAACUAAAGUUGAGAUCUUGGAGAAUACUCACUCUGUGCUGUGUGUAGUCAGUGUUCAGUAAAUAAUUUUUGACAGAUUUGAUGAAAGAUGUCAUCCCAGAGCCAGCUAAGUGUUCUCCAUAAAUUCAAGGGGAUCCUCUUCUCCAAUAUGUCUUCAGAAGAACUUCUUAAUUCUUUAGAUUCUUUUGAUGCAAGAGAAGAUGAUGUGUUCCUGGUUUCCUAUCCAAAAUCUGGCACUCACUGGAUUGCAGAGAUCAUUGAGAGCAUUCCCAACGCUAGAAUCACGCUCACAUCUUCUAUUGAAUUGGGAGACAUUUCUAAACUUGAAGAGCUAAAAAUGUACUCUCAGAGAAGAGUGAUCCCGACGCACUUAUGCUAUGACCUGCUCCCUGCAAAUAUCAAACAAAAGCAAUGCAAGAUUAUCUACAUCAUUAGAAAUCCAAAAGACACAGCCGUUUCCCUAUUCCACUACUACAGAGAUAACCCUAAUCUUCCUUACAUCGAAACAUGGUCUGCAUUUUUCGAGCUAUUCCUCCGAGGAGAAGUUGUGUAUGGAUCCUGGUUCGAUCAUGUUUUAAGCUGGGAAGAGCACAGAAAUGAUAAAAACAUUCUAAUUAUAUUCUAUGAAGAAAUGAAGAAAGAUUUUCCUAAGAGCUUAAAGAAAAUAACUACUUUCCUUGAAAUAAAUGUGAAUGAUAGUGAAAUUAAUAAGAUUGCUCGGAAAACAUCAUUUAGUGAGAUGAAAAAUAAUUCGGUCAAAGAAAACUUCGAUCCCAAUCAUACCGUCUGUGCGCUCACAUCUGACAGGAACCUGGUGUUCAGGAAAGGAGUGGUGGGUGAUUGGAUAAACUACUUUACUUCAAAGCAGAAGAGAGUAUUUGAUGAACUAUUCACAGAGAAAAUGAAACACAGCCAGCUGGCGAGAUUCUUGGAGGAGAUCUCUUAAUACAAAUAGGAAAUGAAACCAAUUUUCAUUUUCUGCCGUGCAGAACUUGGAGAAUAUGUAAAUAUUUUUCACCCACAUGGAAAACAGAUACUGUAUUUCUUUCAAUGAGAAACAGUUCAUGAAUGUGUCAAAAGUGUCGCACGUGAGAGACUAGUAUUAUUGAAUUUGGUGUAGUAGAAAAUUAUAAGUAUAAAGGAAGACUACAGUUUUUGAAUGGUUGAAUUAUAUAUCUGUUUCCAGGAUAUGUAACAAGGCACAGAGGUGACUUCUAUUGAGAAAGAGCACAUUACUGUAGGUGUUGGAUAAGCUGCAUUAAUGUACAACAAAAGAAGUGAGAGAUUAUCUAAAAUAACAGAUAUCUGAGAAGAAUUUGUUUUCUGCCUGUUUGGAUAACUAUGACCUCUGGACCAAUAUUUUUAUCUCAACAUUCCCUGGUAUCUGUGUAGAAAUAUUCUCCAGUGUCAUAACAAUGGUGAACACCAUCUUACUGGAAACACCUAACUGAUAGAUUAUAUAAAACGACCACAUUCCAAUACACUGGUAAAAAUCAAAAAUGAAAAAAAUGGAUACUCUUUCACAUUAACACUGGCUUGGCAUUCUAGUAUUUUCUUUAUCUUGAUUCAGUUAAAUUAUAUAUUUCCUUAUGUUCCUAUUUUAAAAUUUUAAUUUUCCUUGAGUAUUUAUGAUUCUUUAUAGUAUUUUGAAUGUGUAUGCUUCCUUCCAGAAUCAUUUGCAACAGUAAUCCAGUCGCUAUAAUUCUCUCCCUCCUGUAAUGAGUGUUAUUCUAUAGCUUUAGUUUAGAAAACAUUGUUAAGAAAUUUCAGUGAAUUUACUUAAGGAUUGUAUUAUCUAAAUGACAAAUACACAAAUCAUGUCAAAUUGUUUGCAUUGUCAUAAUAUCUAACUCAAGGCUUAAAGGCAAGUCAAAACUAUAUGUUGUGUAUGACUCUGAGCUCUGAAUUCAAAGCAAUGGGUUGAGUCAUUUAAUUCAGCCAAACACUUUUAUUUUGUACCUUGGGGUAUUGUGAACCUAUAUAAUUUUUAUUAUAAAUUAAAAAUGUAAAUUUUUAGUGACAAUUCUGGAAUCUUUGUGUAAGUGUAUAAUAAUUCAACAAGAAAUUACAUCUCCAGAGAUCUUCU